UUUAGGUAUAAAUAGGCACCCAUAUAUGCUAGAAUUAAAUACCCAGCCAGGACUGCUAGCAAGUAAUGAUGCUGUCAUUAUGUGCCUUUGUCGUCGUAAUAUUGUUGUCCCAAGUGAUGCCUGCUGUUAAGGCUCAGAGCACCGACUGCAGUCCCAUGCUGCUUUACACCCAUGGAAAACCGAUCCGCGUAGGAUGCAAGCUAAUCUGUACGGGCUCGCAACACAAGGCGACAGUCACGCAAGAAGGUGUAGAGUGCACUAGUAUUACAAGUGAAGUUGCCGGCAAAAUGCAAAGAUAUUUGGGUUACUAUUGCCCUGUGGGCUGGUGCGAUGGCGAUAAUUGCGUUCUAAGUGGCCUUUCCGUGGAAUGCUGGAAUACAGAAAGCAGACGUAAAAAUUGACGUUAGAAAUUGUGCGGUUAUAUAUGUGUUGAAUAAAAACCAUUACAAUAGGUUUUUGUUAUAUCUAGGAUUAUAAUAAUAAAUAAUCUUAUUUUGAGAAAUGUUUUCCUGAA